ACCGACAGAUGGCAGACGAAUUUGUCGAAGAAGUUGGGAACGUUCUGAUGCUUCCAAUGUGAAAAGAUAGACAAUGUAUCAGGCUGAAUUUACGGGAGAUUGCAGUAUAACAGUUGAUCAGAUAUCAAUAAACUGAGCUUGAGAGGAAACAUGGAACUAUCCAAACAACUUAGUGCAGAUGACCUAGGCAUGACCCUAGACCCAGACAUAGACGACCUCCGAGGCCAACAGGAGAGUGAAGCGUCAUGGCAACGUCGUCGACGAUUCCUUCUGGUACAUCAGGGCCGUUUUCCGAUUGGACGCUUAAACCAACUGUCAUACUGCUUCACAAAUAUCCUCAUGUACGCCUGUGAGUAUUCCGACUCGUUGAUGAAGGAGUUAUCUGCCCUUGCUGUAGAUGUCGCCAUAGCAAAUUCAUUGAAACGAGGAGAUGCUUCGGUGAAGGUGUCCAAGAAUUAUCUGAAGGACAAAAUGUCGAACAAGAAAAAUGCACUAUCGGCUGAAAUGCAUUACAUGAAGAAACUCAAUGAUUUAAGGAAGAAACAAAUUAAUUGUCCAUCGGAGGAGUUAAAUGAGCUAAAAGUGGGUGGAGAAUGCAAUUAUUUUGAAGAUGUUCUUGCAGACAGACAAAGUCGCUUACAAUCUUGGGAACAAACAACAGUGGCUGUAAAGGAAGAGCAAAAGUUAAGACGAAGUUCAAAGUCAUCUCCCUUGAGACAAAAAUCAUUUUCUUCUCGUUUGAUUCAAAGUUCAAAGUUAACUCCCUUAGGAAAAAGUUCAGAGUUAUCUUCCUUGAGGCAAAAUUCAGAGUUAUCUCCCUUGAGACAAAGUUCAGAAUUACCUCCCUUCAGACAUAGUGCAGAGUGUUCUCCUUUUGGACAGAGUUCAGAGUUAUCUCUCUUUGGGAGGUUAAAGAUGACAACUAACAAAGAUGACAAUUGCAAGAAGUUUGAAGAAUCAACAGCACUACAAUAUGAGAAAGAAACCAAUAAAACUCUUCUCAUGGGGAUAUCACGUCUUCUCUGCAGUGAUGCACGUCGACAGGCUGAAGAAGCUAAAGCAUUAAGGACUCUGAAAAAGGAUAACCAUGAAUCUGCACCUAAUCCAGGUAAAAAUGUAUCCCUCCUUUCAAGGCCAGAAAGUGUGUAUGGACAUGAACUGCAAUCUGUGAACUUUGAACCAAGGACAAGUUGUCUGAAUAGGGAAAGUAGGGUUCAUAGGUCAUCCUCUGUUGGUUUAAGCCUUGAUGGUAGUAAAACUGCUUGUAUCGAAAGCUGUAAAGAUGUGCAUUCACUGGCUGAGCCGACAGGAUCUGUGCUGUCUGAGGCUCCUGAUGAUGGAAGCCGUGUCAAAGAAGCUUAUUUAUCGAAGAGUAGAGAUCAGUUUGGAGGAGGAAGAGUUAACCAUUCUCACAGAAAGGGUACAUCACAUCUGUGGCAGUCCUCGGAACAAGACACACGUGGGGAGAUAAAUCAUGAUCUCAGCAGAGAAGGGGCUUACUCUAAAAGGUCAUUGGAGCUCACUAACCAAGGGGACAUCACUCCAUUGUCUGUGUCAUUACUAAGUGGAACUCUUCAGAAGGGAAAAGGAAAUGUUUCAAGGAAAGAUGGUGCUCAUGAUCUGUCAACAGAAAGUAAAGUCAGUGAUAGAAGGGAGACAACUCAGAUGACUUUGUCUGAUACAGAAACCAUUGAUUGGAGAUUUAGACCAAGAGAGAUGGAAUCGAUGACUGAUCAACCUGACCAGAACAGCAAUGAUCCUAGUAACAGUACAGAGAUGUUAACAAAAUCAGAAAUUGAUAAAAUACUUCAAAGCUUUGUACCCAAUAGCCGCAAAACACGAAAAGAAAGAGCCCCAGAAAUUGGAACCAUCAUCAAACAACUUGAAUUACUGAAAAUUUCUGUGACGGACGAAACUGAAACACUCGCAAACCAACAACUGGUGACAUCUGAAAGCGCUUCCCGAGAAAAGUCUCAAAGGGAGAAAACAAGAGUGUAUGUAAGCAGUAAACGGAGAGGGGAGAUAACUCCAAUGACGGCAAAAGCUAAUCAACAAGGAAGAGUCGGCAUCAGUCCUGUUCAAAAGAAGAAAAAAUCCAAAUUUCCUGUUUUUGAAUUUCGUAAAAAAUUAAAAGGACCUCAAAAUAGUUCGUUGAAGAGUUUCAUGAAUGCUCACAGGAAAGGUCAGCAAGUACGACAAUUCAAAUCUGAAAAAUUGGAAUAUACCGAAGAACCAAAACAGAAUGAUGGAGAGGGCUCUAGGUCACAAAACGAGCAUGUUGUUGCCAGUCAACUUUGUGAUGGCCUUCGGACCGAUGACUGUCAGCCGAGAACUGAUGAUACUUGUGUGGAAAAAGAUGUAUUGCCCGACGACAAAUACUGGCAUCAACUUUCUGAUGAACCUCCUUCCAAGACCAGAUGCAAGAAGGAAAGAAGUGUAUUGAAAGAAUCAAACUCGCACAGAGCAAGUGGACAUUAUCCUUACUCCAAAACUCUGCGAAACACUGGUUUGACGACGGAAAUGCCGUUGAAUAAUACGCAGAAUGAUGCAAGGUCAAGGACACCGAUUGAAACUUUGAACGAGUCUUCUCGCAACAUGUGUGUCCCUCCACAAGGCAAGAGUGAAAAGACAAUAGAUUGUAGUGUGAAGAGCUCGCCAACAACACGGUCGCUGUACAAGGCACAACAAACCUACCGACGGCUACAAAGAAUCAAGUCGCAAGACACAGUCAAUUUCAGAACAGAAGUAGACAGUGGACAAAUGCAAAAUGUCCAGAUUGGACUGAGUCAAAAACUGGUGAAAAGUGACCACCAGCAAAGAGUCUCAGAUUUUAUGAUAAACACUCCUGGAAAACAGUUUGUGACUUCGGCUGUGGAACACAAGGCCUCGAAACAGGAACCCGAAAAAGUUUGCGCAAGUUCUGUUGCUGACAUCAAAGAACCAUUGCCAAGUUAUUUUAAGUCUCAGAGAAAGGAUAUAAGUUUGUACACAGAAAAGCUUGUUAGGAAGUUUUCAUCUAAAUCUUUGACAGAAAUGGCAGGCAGAGACAGUAAGAAUGUGACCGAUAUUUCCAAAAAGGGCUCAACUAAAGUUGGUAAAGAGGAUUCAUGUGCAGGAACAAAAACACAACGACAACAGGUAAUGGAGCCAAGCCCAAAGUCAUCCAAAAUGGCUGAGUUCUUGGACAAAUUUUACUGUUCGUCAUUUGAAGGUGGAGGAUCAUUUUUAGUUCCAAACAUGCAGUCUCAAGUUCAAGGGCAAAAAAGACAACAUCAGAUUGCUCCGGAUUCCUUAAAGGUCAAAAGCAAUCAAGGUCACCUUGAGGUGAAAGUGUCUGGUUCUGCUGCUUCAGUGGUGCGAGGUUCAGCUUUGGACAGUGACGUUUCAAAGUUAGCCUAA